GUAACUAGGGAAACAGCGGCUGGUCCGGAGCCUGGGGGAAGAAAUAAAGCGGACGGAGCCGAAGCUGGAAUCCAAUGCAGCUGAAACAUCUGAAAACCCUCCUGAAUCCUCAGGAUGGUGCUGCUAAAGUUACAUGUAUGUCAUGGGCACCCAAUAACACCAAGUUUGCAGUCUGCACUGUGGACAGAGUUGUUCUUCUCUAUGAUGAAAACGGAGAAAGAAGGGAUAAAUUCUCUACUAAACCUGCAGAUGCCAAGUAUGGCAAAAAAAGUUAUAUGGUCAGAGGCAUGGCGUUUUCACCAGAUUCCACCAAAAUAGCCAUUGGACAGACAGACAGUAUCAUAUAUGUUUAUAAAAUUGGAGAGGAAUGGGGUGAUAAGAAAGUUAUCUGUAACAAGUUUGUACAGACGAGUGCUGUUACGUGUCUAAUUUGGCCAGCAGAUCAAGCAAUUGUUUUCGGAUUGGCUGAAGGAAAGGUUCGUUUAGCUAACACAAAGUCAAACAAGUCUUCAACCAUUUAUGGAACAGAUUCUUAUGUAGUUUCAUUGACUUCAAACUUAUCGGGCAAAGGAAUUCUCUCUGGACAUGCUGACGGCACGAUUGUACGUUACUAUUUUGAUGAUGAAGGGGCGGGUGACUCACAGGGAAAACUAGCAACACACUGUUGUCCACCUUAUGCCUUAGCUUGGGCUGUAAACAGCAUUGUAGCUGCAGGAUGUGAUAAGAAGAUCAUUGCCUACGGAAAGGAGGGCCAUAUUAUCCAGCAAUUCGAUUAUGGCCGUGAUUCUACAGAAAAGGAGUUCACAGUUGCUGCCACCAGCCCUAGUGGACAGUCGAUAGUCAUCGGCAGCUAUGACAGGCUGAGAGUACUAAACUGGAGUCCUCGUAGAAAUGCAUGGGAUGAGUCAAGACCAAAGGAGAUCCCAAAUCUUUACACUAUUACUGCCUUAGCUUGGAAAAAAGAUGGUUCCAGACUAUGCGCGGGCACUCUUUGUGGAGGCGUGGAACAAUUUGAUUGCUGUCUGCGUAGAUCAAUUUACAAGAACAAAUUUGAAAUGACAUAUGUUGGCCUCAGCCAGGUUAUAGUAAGGAACUUAUCGACUGGUACCAGAGUUGUGUUGAAGUCUCACUAUGGGUAUGAAAUUGAUGAAGUAAAGAUCAUGGGAAAAGAUCGCUAUCUGGUGGCUCAUAGCACUGACACACUACUUCUAGGAGACUUGGCAACCAACAAGCUGAGUGAGGUUGCCUGGCAGGGAUCUGGUGGAAAUGAAAAACUUUACUUUGAUAAUGAAAAUGUGUGCAUGAUUUUCAAUGCUGGUGAAUUGACACUUGUAGAAUAUGGCAACAAUGACAUUUUGGGAUCUGUUAGAACAGAGUUCAUGAACCCACACUUAAUCAGUGUUCGACUAAAUGAACGCAAACAAAGUGGGGUAGAAGAAAAUAAGAAACUGGCAUAUCUGGUAGAUAUUAAAACUAUUGCAGUUGUGGAUCUGUUGACUGGUUAUAACUUGGCUGCAAUAAGUCAUGACACAAAAAUUGACUGGUUAGAAUUGAAUGAAACUGGACGCAAGUUGCUUUUCAGGGACAAAAAACUUGGUCUCCAUCUGUUUGAUGUAGAAGAUAACGCAAAGACAACUGUCCUGAAUUACUGCACUUAUGUUCAGUGGGUACCUGGCAGUGAUGUGGCUGUGGCCCAGAACCGUGGCAAUCUCUGUGUUUGGUACAAUAUUGAUGCUCCAGAGCGAGUUACAAUGUUUCCACUUAAGGGUGAUAUUGUAGAUCUGGAGCGCAGUAAUGGUAAAACAGAAGUCAUAGUUACUGAGGGAGUGAAUACUAUUUCUUAUACUUUGGAUGAAGGGUUAAUUGAAUUUGGCACAGCAAUUGAUGAUGGAGAUUAUAACAGAGCUACUGCUUUCUUGGAAACAUUGGAAAUGUCAUCAGAGACUGAAGCUAUGUGGAAAACAUUAAGCAAACUUUCAUUAGAAGCCCAGCAGUUGCACAUUGCAGAGAGAUGCUUUGCUGCUCUUGGGGAUGUAGCGAAAGCUCAAUUUCUUUGUGAAACUAAUCAGAUUGCAGACCAAGCAGCAACAGAAUAUGGAGGUGAUGGCUCAGACAAUUACCUUGUUCGUGCACGAUUGGCUAUGUUGGAGAAAAACUACAAAUUAGCAGAAAGUUACUAUCUGGAACAAAAUGCUGUUGAUAAAGCCAUGGAUAUGUAUCAGGAACUACACAUGUGGGAUGAAUGUAUUAUGGUUGCUGAAGCCAAGGGUCACCCUGAAUUGGACAAUCUUAGACGGAGUUAUUAUAAAUGGCUGAUGGAAACAAAUCAAGAUGAAAAGGCAGGAGAAGUGAAAGAGAAUGAAGGAGAUUACCCUGGUGCCAUUAAUCUCUAUUUGAAAGCUGGCCUGCCUGCAAAAGCUGCUCGAUUAGUAUUGAGUCAAAAUGAACUUAUGACAAACAGUGAUAUCAUCAAUAGAAUUGCUGCAGCCUUAAUUAAGGGGGAUUUCUAUGAAAGGGCUGGAGACCUUUAUGAAAAAAUUGGGAAUUACCAGAGAGCACUGGAUUGCUACCAUAAGGGCAAUGCCUUUAGGAAAGCGGUGGAGUUGUCUAGAACUGUUUCUCCAUCCGAGGUUGUGAAAUUGGAGGAGGCCUGGGGAGACUAUCUGGUACAACAAAAACAGUUGGAUGCUGCAAUUAAUCAUUACAUUGAGGCCGGCUGCUCUAUGAAGGCGAUUGAAGCAAGUGUUGGAGCUCGGCAGUGGAAAAAAGCAGUUCAUAUUCUUGAACUUCAAGAUGACACAACAUCUUACAAAUACUAUCACAAAAUAGCUCAGCACUAUGCCUCAGUACAAGAAUAUGAGACUGCCGAAAAGAUGUACAUCAAAGCUGAUCGAAUCAAGGAUGCCAUUGAUAUGUACAAGCAAGUGGGAUAUUGGGAGCAAGCCCACAAGUUGGCUGUAAGGUGUAUGAAACAUGAAGAUGUGGCUGUUCUGUAUAUUAAUCAAGCACAAGAACUAGAAACGAAAGGAAAAUACAAAGAUGCUGAAAGGUUGUACAUUACAGUAGAUGAACCUGAUUUAGCAAUCACAAUGUAUAAGAAACUUAAAAUGUAUGAUGACAUGAUUCGACUUGUAGCAAAAUAUCACAGGGACCUACUCACAGACACCCACCUACAUCUUGCAAAGGAACUGGAAAGUGAAGGUCGUUUUCGAGAAGCUGAGUACCAUUAUUUGGAAGCAAAAGAGUGGAAGGCAAUAGUGAAUAUGUAUCGUGUCAAUGAUAUGUGGGAUGAAGCCUACAGGGUUUCUAAAGCCCACGGAGGUGCAAAUGCCCAUAAACAAGUGGCCUACUUAUGGGCUAAGAGUCUGGGGGGAGAGUCUGCAGUUAAGUUGCUAAAUAAAUUUGGUCUUCUGGAAACAGCAAUUGACUAUGCAGCUGAUAACUGCUCUUUUGACUUUGCUUUUGAACUGUCACGAUUGUCUAUGAAAAAUAAAAUCCCAGAUAUACAUCUGAAACACGCCAUGUAUUUAGAAGAUGAGGGUAAAUUUCAAGAGGCAGAAAUUGAAUUUGUUAAAGCAGGAAAAUCAAAGGAGGCUGUCCUCAUGUAUGUGCAUAACCAGGAUUGGGAUGCAGCCCAAAGGGUUGCGGAAGCCCAUGACUCUGACAGUGUGGCUGAUGUCUUGGUUGGUCAGGCACGCUUUGCCUUUGAUCAAAAAGAAUAUCAAAAGGCUGAGGCUUUCCUUCUGAGAGCUCAAAGACCAGAAUUGGCAGUCAAAUAUUACAAGGAAGUCGCAAUGUGGAGUGAUGCAAUUAGAAUUUGUAAAGAAUAUAUCCCUAACAAGCUGGAACAACUUCAGGAAGAAUAUGAACAGGAAGCAAUUAAGAAAGGAACAAAGGGAGUAGAAGGAAUAGUUGAACAAGCUAGAGAAUGGGAGCAAUCAGGAGAAUAUGUAAGAGCAGUGGAAUGCUACCUUAAAGUCAAAGAGACAAAUAACCUAGCUCUGAUGGAGAAGUGCUGGAUGAAGGCUGCUGAACUGUCUAUCAAAUUUUUAAAUCAGGACAAAACACUUGAGGUGAUUCAGACACUUGGUCCUCGACUGGUUGAAAUAAAGAAAUACAGUGCGGCAGCUGAACUGUACCUUAAUAUGGACCUCAUUAAAGAUGCCAUUGACUGUUUCAUAGGCGGGGAAGAAUGGAACAAAGCUAAACGUGUGGCAAAGGAGCUCGAUCCCAGAUAUGAAGAUUAUGUUGAUCAACGCUAUAAGGAAUAUUUGAAAAAUCAAGGCAAAGUGGAUUCACUGGUUGGAGUGGAUGUGAUAGCUGCACUUGACAUGUAUGUUGAACGAGGGCAAUGGGAAAAAUGCAUCGAAACUGCUAAUAAGCAGAAUUACAAAAUUCUCCACAAGUAUGUGGCUCUAUAUGUUACGCACCUUAUCAAAGAAGGUCAUACUGAAAAAGCCUUAAAUCUGUAUGUUCAACAUGGUGCUCCUGCCAAUACACAAAAUUUUAACAUUUACAAACGGAUUUUUAUGGAUAUUAUAAACAUGCCAGAUAAAAAUACUGCAGACUCAUAUAGGACAUGGGCUGAUCUUCGCGAUGUACUCUUCAAUCUGUGUGAAAAUCUGGUUAAAUCUUCGGAGGCCAGUUCUCCUGCUCAUGAAGAGUUUGAGCAGAUGCUGCUGAUUUCCCACUAUUAUGCUACUCGUGCGGGGUCACUGGGAGUCAACCAGCUGGACAUGGUUGCGGCAAAAUUAUCUAUCUCCUUGCUGAGGCAUACAGACAUCAUCCCUGCUGACAAAGCAUUUUAUGAGGCUGGCAUGGCAGCUAAGGCAAUUGGUUGGGAAAACAUGGCUUUCAUAUUCCUGAAUCGUUUCCUAGAUCUUUGUGAUGCAAUUGAGGAGGGCAAUCUUGAUGCACUUGAUCAUUCUGAUUUUCAAGAUACAGAUAUUCCGUUUGAAAUCCCUGUCCCUGUCAAACAACAUAUUUCGGAUGACAAACGUGAGGAAAUUAGGGACUGGGUUCUCACUGUGUCAAUGGACCAACGAGUUGAGCAGGUCCUACCGACAGAUGAAAGAGAUACUUAUGAAGCCUCUUUGCUGGCUGUAAAUACUGGGAUCCACUCUCUUCCUUGUCUAAUAACAGGUUAUCCAGUGCUUCGUAACAAGAUUGAAUUCAAAAGACCUGGAAAAGCAGCAAACAAAGAUGAUUGGAACAAAUUUCUUAUGGCAGUGAAGACAACUCAUAGCCCAGAGUGUCAAGAUGUGUUGAAGUUUAUUAGUCAAUGGUGUGGAGGCCUUCCCAGUGCCAGCUUCUCCUUCCAGUGAACAAUGCUAAGAAUAAAAUUGUAUUCUAUUUCUAUAUUGUGCUGAGCCCAUAGCUUAAUGUGAUCAAUAGACCUGCUUUGUUUUCUUCCAUUUUGAAGAUGUGUAUUUGUAGA